UUUUCCAAGAGGUUUAAGUGGUGGUCAGUCUUGGGACUGAAAGAGAAGAAAGGUGAUAGGAUCUGUCAGCUGGUUUCUGCAGUGCAGCAGGAAAGAAGGAUGCCUGCUGGGAGAAGCAGGGAUGGAGCCGGGUCAGGAGUCUCCGGGAUGGUCACAUCCCCAGGUUGGUCUCCUCGCUCCGGGCUGCGGAUGCUGCUGAUCUGGGUCGUGCUGGUGCUGGUGGCAGGUCCAUGCCGUGUGGAGGCGUGCCCCUCCCCCUGCAGCUGCCUGGGGAACACGGUGGACUGUCACGGCCUGGGGAUCCACUCCGUACCCAAAAACAUCCCCAGAGGGACUGAGAGGCUUGAUCUGAAUGGAAACAAUCUGACAGUGAUCAGCAAGACCGACUUCUCUGGUCUCAAACACCUCAGAGUCCUUCAUCUGAUGGAAAACCAGAUCAGUGUCAUUGAGAGAGGAACGUUUGAUGAGCUGAAGGAGCUGGAGAGACUGCGCCUCAACAAAAACCGUCUCAGCCAGAUUCCAGAGCUGCUGUUUCAGAAGAAUGAAGCCCUGUCUCGACUGGAUUUGAGUGAAAAUUUCAUCCAAGCGGUCCCAAGGAGAGCCUUUAGAGGAGCCGUGGAUCUCAAAAACCUACAGCUGGAUAAAAACCACAUCAGCUGUAUAGAGGAGGGGGCCUUUAGAGCUCUGCGAUCUCUGGAAGUACUCACACUAAACAAUAACAACAUCAGCAGUAUUCCAGUCUCCAGUUUCAACCACAUGCCAAAGCUGCGCACCUUUCGCCUCCACUCUAACUCUCUGCGCUGUGACUGUCACCUGGCCUGGCUGUCUCCAUGGUUACGCCAGCGGGCAGCGUUAGGCCUCUAUACUCAGUGUAGCUCUCCCCCCACGCUGAGGGGCCUCAACCUUGCCGAGCUGAGAAAGAGUGACUUUGCCUGCUCAGGUCAUGGUGACAGCGCCUUUGUUCAGCCCUGCAGCCUGGCGUCUGGCUCCUGUCCUCCUAUGUGUUCCUGCAGCAACAACAUAGUAGACUGUCGAGGGAGGGGCCUAACUGCCAUCCCCGCCCACCUGCCUGAAGCCAUGACCGAGAUACGAUUGGAGCAGAAUGGCAUCAAGUCAGUUCCCCCUGGCGCCUUCACCUCUUACAAGAAGCUCCGCCGAAUAGACCUGAGCAACAACCAGAUAUCUGAGAUCGCUCCUGAUGCUUUUCAAGGACUCCGAGCUCUGAACUCCCUGGUUCUGUACGGGAAUAAGAUCACUGAGCUGCCCAGUGGAGUGUUUGAUGGUCUGGCCUCUCUGGAGUUACUGUUGCUCAAUGCCAAUAAGAUCCACUGCAUCAGGGCCUCGGUGUUUAAGGAUCUGGAGAACUUGGCUCUGCUGUCGCUUUAUGACAACAAGAUCCAGAGUUUGGCAAAAGGCACCUUCAGCUCUCUGCACAGCAUCCAGACGCUCCACCUGGCCCAGAACCCAUUCGUGUGUGACUGUAAUGUGAAGUGGCUGGCCGACUUCCUGCGUUCAAACCCCAUCGAGACCAGCGGGGCUCGCUGCGCCAGCCCGCGCCGCCUCGCCAACAAACGCAUUGCACAGAUCAAGAGCAGCAAGUUCCGCUGCUCCGCCAAGGAGCAGUACCACAUCCCUGGUACCGAAGACAGGCAUCUGAGCUAUGAGUGUAACAGUAAGCCAGUGUGUCCGGCUAAAUGUCGCUGUGAGGCAAACGUAGUCGACUGCUCCAACCUUCGACUCACCAAGUUCCCUGAACACCUGCCGUCGUCCACUGAAGAGCUGCGUCUCAACAACAACGACCUCUCCGUGCUGGAGGCCACCGGAGCCUUCAAGGGUCUGUCCCAUCUCAAGAAAAUCAACUUGAGCAACAAUAAGAUCUCGGAGAUCGAGGAUGGGGCGUUUGAAGGUGCGUCCUCGGUGAUGGAGCUUCACCUGACAGCCAAUCACCUGGAGUCUGUGAGAGGCAGCAUGUUCAGAGGCAUGGAGGGACUACGCAUGCUGAUGCUGAGGAACAACAAGAUCAGCUGUGUCCAUAACGGCAGCUUCACAGGACUGGCCAACGUCCGGCUGCUCUCCCUUUAUGACAACCAGCUGAGCACCAUCAUGCCCGGAGCCUUCGACACACUGCCCAACCUGUCCACACUGAAUCUUCUGGCCAAUCCUUUUAACUGUGACUGCCGCCUGUCCUGGUUCGGGGCGUGGCUCCGUAGCCGACGAAUCGUGACAGGAAAUCCUCGCUGUCAGGGCCCCGCCUUCCUCCGAGAGAUCCCGCUGCAGGAUGUGGCCGUACCUGACUUCCGCUGCGAGGACGGCUCUGUUCUAGAGGACAGCAGCUGUGGUCCAGGUCCACAGUGUCCCACUCAGUGUGCCUGUAUGGACACUGUCGUCCGCUGCAGCAACAAACACCUGCAGGCUCUGCCCAGAGGACUCCCCCGCAACGUCACUGAACUGUACCUGGAUGGAAACCAGUUCACCAGCGUUCCUAAGGAGUUAGCCACAUUCAAAUACCUGCAGCUGGUAGAUCUGAGCAACAAUAAGAUCAGCUCCCUGUCUGAUGACUCCUUCUACAACAUGAGCCAACUCACCACUCUGAUCCUCAGCUACAACUCUCUACGAUGUAUCCCUCCUCUGGCUCUGGGUGGCUUGCGUUCUCUGAGGCUGCUCUCUCUCCAUGGCAACGACAUCUCUGAGUUGCAGCAGGGCAUCUUCAGCGACGUGGCCUCCCUGUCUCACCUAGCGAUUGGAGCCAACCCUCUGUACUGUGACUGUCGAAUGCUCUGGCUCUCAGACUGGGUGAAGAGUGGUUACAAGGAGCCUGGUAUCGCCCGCUGUGCCGGACCCCAAGGCAUGGAGGGAAAACUGCUGCUCACCACUCCAGCUGACAAGUUCCAGUGUGUGGGUCUUGUAGAUCCCUCUGUUCAAACCAAAUGCAGCCCAUGUGUCUCCUCCCCCUGCCUGAACCAGGGCGUCUGUCAAGUCCACCUCACACAACAAUACACCUGCACCUGCAAGUCCGGCUUCACGGGUAAACACUGUGAGACCCCGGUUGAUGCCUGUGUCAGUAAUCCCUGCACAAACGGAGGACUCUGCCUCAGUGACGAACAGACCAGAGGCUUCAGUUGUGCAUGCGCCUUUGGUUUCCAUGGAACCUUCUGCGAGGUGAACGUGGACGACUGUGAGGAUCAUGGAUGUGAGAACGGCGCUACAUGUGUAGACGGCGUGGGGAACUACACCUGCCUGUGUCCUCCAAAUUACACAGGUCUCUUGUGUGAGGAAGAAGAGGACGUGUGUGCUCCAGGUAGAAACCCCUGUCAGCAUCAGUCCACCUGCAUCAGCACUCCUACUGGCCCCAGGUGUGUGUGUAUUCCCGGCUGGGUGGGGCCAGACUGCAGCAUAGAUUAUAAUGAAUGUACAGACCAUCGCUGUCAGAAUGGAGCUCAGUGUGUCGACCACCUUGAUGGCUACAGCUGUGUUUGUCCGCAGGGAUACAGUGGAGAGUUUUGUGAAGUGGCCCUUCCUCCCGCCUCACCCUGCCAGCUGGCUCAGUGUCAGAACGGCGCCCCUUGCAUGGAGGAGACGGGCUCUGCGGUCUGUCAGUGUCUGCCGGGCUUUGAGGGGCGCAGCUGUCAGAAGCUGGUCAGUGUGAACUUUGUGGACAGAGACUCAUAUGUUCAGCUUCAAGACGUGAAGAACUGGCCUCAAGCAAACAUCACACUGCAGGUAUCGACAGCAGAGGAUAAUGGUAUCCUGCUCUAUAACGGAGACAAUGAACCAAUAGCUGUGGAGCUCCAUCAGGGUCACGUCAGGGUCACAUAUGACCCUGGAAACCAGCCUGCCACCGCUAUCUACAGCACUGAGACGGUGAAUGACGGACAGUUUCACACGGUAGAACUGGUGACCUUUAAUCGGAUGGUGAACCUGUCUGUAGAUGGAGGAGAGCCAACAACUCUAGACAGCCAGGGGCGGAGCCAGCAGGUGGCGGGAGACGCCCCUCUUUAUGUAGGAGGUAUGCCUGAGAAGGUGAUGCCUUCCUCUCUGGGUCUCUCCUCUCAGUCCCUCAACACGUCCAGUUUCCAUGGCUGCAUAAAGAACCUCUACAUUAACCACGAGCUGCAGGACUUCACCCGCAGCCACAUGAAUCCGGGGGUGGUGCCGGGCUGCCAGGCCUGCCGCAAACUUUACUGUCUGCACGGCAUCUGUCAGCCCAAUGCUGCAGAGGGUCCCCAAUGUCACUGCCAGCAAGGAUGGACAGGACAACACUGUGACCAGCCAAUGACAGGAAGCCUUACUGGAGUGGAUGGUGUAACCACAGCAACUGGUGUCAGCCCAUGCCAGGGCAGCAAGUGUGUGAAUGGUGUGUGUGUGGUGUUGGACACGCAGUCAUACCGCUGUGACUGUGAGGAAGGAUACGGAGGUUCAUUGUGUAACCUGAAGGAGGAGCCGCCGAGUUUGUGUCGGGGUCUGCAGUGUUUACACGGCCAAUGUGAGCAGACUGAGCAAGGAGAGCAGUGUGUCUGUGUGCAGGGAUUCACCGGAGAGAGCUGUGAUAUAGAGUCCCCUUGUCGAGGAGAGCCGGUAAGAGAUUACCACCGGCUGCAGCACGGCUCCGUCCUCUGCCAGACGUCCAAACCAUUCUCCUGGGUGGAAUGUCUGGGUCGAUGCCAGGCAGGAACCGAGCCGGGCACUGCCCCCGCCGCUUCCUGUUGCGCUCCUCUGAGGGUCCGACGCCGGCGGCUCACAUUCGAGUGUGACGACGGGACCUCGAUCACACAGGACGUGGAGAAGCCUGUGGAGUGUGGCUGCAAGGAUUGUGCAUAGUACUGUGGAUGCACUGUGCGUACACACACACACAUGAAGACACACACAUCCAAACAUAACACACAAACACACUCACACACACCAAGCUAAAGAGGUACACACACUGUAGGUAAUCUCUCACUGAUAAACGGACAUUUUGGUGUUUGUUUCGUGUGUUUCUGCGCACCGACGCAGUUUUGUUACAUAAGACAGUGCUUCCCUCUCCAAACAUGAAAUCAACGAGUCAACCUCAUCUUCAUUCUCCUCCUCCUCUUCACCUGCAGCAGGACAACCUGCGCACUUACUACCUAAUGCCAGCUCAUUUCUAAUGCUUGUGUGUUUUAAAAUCUCCCUUUGCCUUCUUCUCUGUGUUUCAUAUUUGUGGCUGGAAAAGCGCUGCUCUCCAUUCACACACAGCUGCAUCAGAGAGCUGCCAGUUUUUGCAAGAAAUUAAGGUACUAACUUAAGCUUAAUUCAAUGUUUGUUAAGGUAAAAGUUGCUCAAUUUUGUAUCCACUUUGUUAAGAUUUCACCUGCCAGAGAGCAUUUUUCUGAAACAAAGCACUGAGCUCUGUCAGUUUUUUGAAGGGGGGAGCUGCAGGUGAAAUAACAAAGGGAUGUUUUAGUAUAGUUUUCUGCAGCCAUGACUGCUGUUUAUCUGAUGGUUUAAGCAUCAAGUCGUUAGGUUGACUGAAAGUUUGGGUAAGACAGCAUUUCCAGCAAGUGACAGCCAUCGAUGUGACUCUAAAGCCCCCUGCAGUAACAGAUGGGUGAUGUCACUCAGGCUUCGUCCAAUAAUAUUUACAGUCUGUGUGUUCCCUGCAUCCACCUCAAUGCCACAUGUUGAAGCUCUGAAGAGAAAUAAGGAUUUCAAAUAAGGAAUAAGAAAAGUUAUUUGUUACAUAUGAAGCAGGACAUCUUACAGCCAUUCUUUUGUUUUGUCUUUAAAUGAAAUUUGUCCUCUUUGUCUGAUAAACACAGACAAAGAUUCCAUUUUAGUUAGAAUAAAAUAAAAUUCAAAGGCAAGACAAAAAAAAAGCUUCAUUCAACAAAUAUUUAGUAAAUCAGAUAAAGACAGUAAAGCAUGAAAGUUUGGGCUUUAGGAUCAUUUUGACUGAAGAAACACCUCGAUGGAAAAUUAAACCUUGGUCUGCUAUAAAAAUCCCUUAAAUUUAAAACAAAGCCCGGUCGUUGAGCUCAUGGAAUAAUCCGGAUGUAAAUAAAAGGGUCAUCACCCAACAAUGUUCAGCCUGAAGGCUAAAGGUGAUGGAGUUCACAGGGGACAGCAGAGGGGUCAUGACAUGUUCCCAUCGCUGCUCACAAGACGCCCUUUCUUCCACUUAAACACUGGUGGUGGUGGUGGUGGGGGUUGGGAUAGUGUGUGUGUGUGUGUGUGUGUGUGUGUGUGUGUGUG